AUGCUAGGGCCGGUGGUAAAAACGCAGUGGCCGGAGCUGGUGGGGCAGCCGUACUACCAGGCGCACCAGACCAUCAUGAGCGAGCGCCCGGACGUGACAAUAAUGGAGCUUGCCCCGCUCGAGGAUCUUCCCUAUGCGUGGCCAUCCGACUACACGCGCGUCUGCGUCAAGGUCGAUACUAGAACCAUGACCGUGUAUGGUGACGACUCUACCCGUAUCCACAAGCUGGCUAACUAG